UGCUGCCCGUGGCUCGCUCCGGCACGCCGCCGCUCGCCCGCCGGGCCGGGGGUGGGAUGCCCGCCCGGGUUAGCACGUCACGGCGCGGGGAAAGCCCCGCCGCGCUGCCGCCUCUUAAACUCGGGCUCCGCCUCUCUCGGCCUCACUUGGUCGCCGUCGCCGUGCCCUGCACAUCGCGAUGAUGCCCGGCAAGACCCUGCGCAAGACAUCGCCUUCUGCCUCUCCCGCAGAGCGGGAGGUGGCGGUGGAGUGCGCCCUGCAGCUGCGCAGGAUAGGCGACAAGUGGGACCUGCGGCAGAAGUUCCUCAACCUCCUCGUGAAGCUCUUCUGCCCGCAAACGUGAGCCUCCGCCUCGGACACGGUGC